AUGAACCCUAAGUCGAAACGUCCCAGACAAAGACACGAUUCUUCUUUGCAAUUAGCUAGUGUUAUUGGUGCUGGAGCGAAUAAGAUCAAGAAGCAAAUCCGGAAUGUUGAGAGGCUUCUCCAGAAGAGAAGGGACGUAUUGCCGGACACAGUGAUUGUGGAGAAGGAGCGUAUGCUUGAAGGUUUGAAGUUUGAGUUGAAAGAAGCUGAGUUGAGACAGAUAGGGCGUAAGAAUGCGAAGAAAUAUCAUAUGGUGCGGUUUUUCGAGCGCAAGAAGGCGAUGCGUAAGUACAAGCAGGCUUCGAAGAAGGUGCUUGCGCAGCCUGAGGACAAGGAAUUGCAGAAAGAGCUACGCGAGGCAACGAUAGAUUUGUGUUAUGUGGUGAAUUUCCCUAGAUUGAGCAAGUACAUUGCGUUGUAUCCGGCUACAUCUGAUUCUGUUGAGAAGAUGUCUGAGGAAGAACGCAAGGGUGUCGAGCAGACUAACGCCAAGAGAGCGGAGUUCCGUAGUCUCGUGGCUAAACAGCUUGACGAGGGUACUCUACCGGUGUCUUUGGAAGAUAUCAUCAAGGGUAAGAGGUUGAAUAAGGACAGUACUGGUGUGAUGUUGGAGGAGGAACAAGUGCAAGAAGAGGCUAUGGAGAGAGACUUGGACAACCAAGGCGUAGAAGAGGAAGAAGACGAUUUCUUCGAGUAA